AUGGCGCCGUCAUCGCAACAAUCCUCGUCCACCGCCGCCUGGACCCCGGCGACCUGGCGCUCAAAGCCCAUCAAGCAGUCGCCCGCCUACCCGGACGAGUCGAAACUCCAAAAGGCCGUCAAGGAGCUCAACCGCAUGCCGCCUCUGGUGCACCCUACCGAGAUUGCCGCCCUCAAGGCCAACCUGCGCGACGUCGCCCAGGGAAACGCCUUUCUCUUGCAAGGCGGCGACUGUGCCGAGCUCUUUGACUACUGCGAGCAGGAUGCCAUCGAGUCCAAGAUCAAGCUGCUCCUGCAGAUGAGCGUCGUCCUCAUCUGGGGCACAAACAAGAGAGUCGUCCGUAUCGGCCGUAUGGCUGGGCAGUACGCUAAGCCGCGCUCCAGCCCGACCGAGGUCGUCAAUGGCAAGGAAAUGCCUAGCUUCCGCGGCGACAUCCUCAAUGGCUACCAUGAGGACGAGCGCGAGAUUGACCCGAACCGUCUGCUCAAGGCCUACCACCACUCUGCUGCCACGCUCAACUUUAUGCGCUCCGCCCUUGCCUCUGGCAUUGCCGAUCUGCAUCGCCCAUUCGACUGGGGCCUCGGACACGUUCGCGAUCCCGGACUCAAGGAGAAGUACUCGACUAUUGCCUCGAGCAUCCAGCAGACCCUGCGCUUCUUGCAGGUCAUCAACGCCCGCCCCGAGGAGCUCCAGACCGUCGACAUCUACACCAGCCACGAGGGCCUCCUCCUCGAAUACGAACAGGCUCUCACACGCCUUCUCGACUCUCCCGAAGCCCGCUCACCGGCUGCCAGCCGCUUCGCCAGCCGUGCCCCAUCACCGCCUCCCGGCGAAGCCGACGAUACCCUGCCUGUUCGCAACCUCGCCAUUCACGGCCAAGACUACUACGACACCUCUGCGCAUUUCCUCUGGAUCGGCGACCGCACACGCCAGCUUGACCACGCCCAUGUCGAGUUCUUCCGCGGCAUUGCCAACCCCAUUGGCGUCAAGGUCGGUCCUACCACCCCCGUCGACGACCUGCUUGCGCUGCUGCGCGCGCUCAACCCGCAGUGCGAGCCCGGCAAGAUCACACUCAUUACCCGCUACGGCGCCGGCAAGGUCGCCGACUUGCUCCCCAAGCACAUUCGCGCCGUCGAGGACUCUGAGUACCGCCGCUGCGUCGUCUGGCAAUGCGACCCCAUGCACGGAAACACCCUGUCGACCGAGGCCGGCAUCAAGACACGCCGCUUCAACGAUAUCUACAAGGAGCUCCAGGAGAGUCUGCGCAUCCACAAGGAGCAGGGCAGCUAUCUCGGCGGUAUGCACCUCGAGCUUACUGGUGACGCUGUUACCGAGUGUCUGGGUGGAAGUGAAGGCUUGGCUGAGGACGACCUGUCUACAAACUACACGUCUUUCUGUGAUCCCCGUCUGAAUGAAAAGCAGGCCCUUGAGCUCGCUUUCCUGGUGGCGGAUCACUUCUCGCAAGAGGGCAAGACGGGCCGAAAGUAG